AUGCCGGAGAGUUCUUACCGCCCACCAGCCAUUCAGGGUCCUUCCGGCGAGCAUUCCAAGAGUUCGUAUCGCCCACCGUCUAUCCAGGGGUCUUCUGGUGGGUAUCCGGGUCAGCAGGCUCAGACUUCAAGGUAUCAGGCUUCGGUGCCAAGAGGAUGUUACGAGUGUGGAGAUCCGGGUCAUAUUAAGAGGACUUGUCCCAGACUUCGGGGCAAGGCGGUGCAGCAGGGUCAGCAGUCCAUGGAUCCAGCACCAGCUGCCCAGCCAUCUAGAGGUGGAGGGCAGACUGGUAGAGGUCGUCCCACGGGUGGAGGCCAGAUGGGGAGAGGUCAGCUAGCUACUACUCGGACAGGUGGGGGCCAGACAGCCGGUGCUCCGUUUGUGCUCGUUCGGCUUCGCGUUGAGGGUGUUGGGCUUGUUCUCGAUAUUGGAAGGGUGCUUCGGAGCGAG